GUCGUGGAUAUUGUCCAGGUUCAUGCAACAACAACCUUGAAUUUCUUACUCAAUUGAAUUGACAGUUAUUAAUCAGGUUAAAAUUAAGAUUUGAGCAAGUCUCACAUCAAAAAGUUCCAAAAAGCACCUUUGUUCUGCAACUGCAAUCCUUACACAGCAGCAAUGGAGGAGAAAGCAUCACCUCAUUCUUCACAGCAAUUCAUAUCCAUUACAGCCCCUCUUCUUGACUCAGAGAAGGGAGCUACAUCAAGCAGAGGAGUGUCUAACAUAGAGGAUGCAGAUAAAGAUCAAUACAACGUUAAUGACUCUCCAAUUGAGCAAGUGAGGCUAACAGUUCCAAUCACAGAUGACCCUACACAGCCAGCUCUAACAUUUAGGACAUGGAUUCUAGGGUUAGCAUCAUGUGUGCUCCUUGCAUUUGUAAACCAAUUUUUGGACUACAGAACCAACCCUCUGAAAAUAUCUUCUGUUGCAGCUCAGAUUAUUACACUCCCACUUGGGAAAUUGAUGGCUGCAACACUUCCCACAAGAUCAAUUCAAGUCCCAUUCACAACCUGGUCUUUUUCACUGAAUCCAGGGCCAUUCUCUUUGAAGGAACAUGUUCUGAUCACCAUAUUUGCUAGCUCUGGAUCAAGUGGUGUUUAUGCAAUCAACAUCAUCACAAUUGUGAAGGCUUUCUAUCAUAGAAGCAUCCACCCUGUAGCUGCUUAUUUGUUAGCACUAUCAACACAGAUGCUUGGGUAUGGAUGGGCUGGGAUUUUCAGAAAAUUCCUUGUUGACUCCCCUUACAUGUGGUGGCCUGAAAACCUUGUGCAGGUGUCACUCUUCAGGGCAUUUCAUGAAAAAGAAAAAAGGCCUAAAGGAGGAAGCACAAGGCUGCAAUACUUUUUCCUAGUCUUCGUAGCGAGCUUCGCGUAUUAUAUCGUUCCCGGGUACUUUUUCCAAACAUUAUCAACCAUCUCCUUUGUUUGCUUGAUUUGGAAAGACUCCAUCACCGCACAACAGAUCGGUUCAGGCAUGAAAGGCCUUGGAAUCGGCUCAUUUGCCCUUGAUUGGAACACUGUGGCUGGCUUCUUAGGAAGCCCUUUGGCUGUGCCUGGCUUUGCCAUCAUGAACUCAUUAGCUGGGUUUGUUCUGUUUAUAUAUGUUGUGAUUCCACUCUCCUAUUGGACCAAUUUAUAUGAUGCUAAGAAGUUCCCCCUUAUUAGUUCUCACACAUUUGACUCCACUGGUGAAACAUAUAACGUUACUCGGAUUCUAAACCCCAAAUCUUUUGACAUUGAUAUGGACAGUUACAACAAUUAUAGCAAGAUCUAUCUUAGUAUCACAUUUGCAUUUGGUUAUGGACUGAGUUUUGCAACUCUGACUGCCACGAUUUCACAUGUUGCCCUCUUCCAUGGAAAAAUGAUUUUCCAGAUGUGGAAGAAGACAGCAAGUGCGGUAAAAGCGCAGCUCGGAGACGUGCAUACAAGAAUCAUGAAGAAAAACUAUGAACAGGUCCCUGAAUGGUGGUUUGUCUCCAUUUUGAUUCUGAUGGUCAUGAUGGCCUUGGUAGCUUGUGAAGGCUUUGGCAAGCAGCUCCAACUUCCAUGGUGGGGAGUCUUGCUUUCUCUAGCAAUUGCAUCAGUUUUCACCUUGCCAAUUGGGGUCAUUCAAGCAACAACAAACAUGAGCUCAGGUCUUAAUGUGAUCACAGAGCUGGUAAUUGGUUAUAUGUACCCAGGAAAGCCUCUUGCUAAUGUAGCUUUCAAGACUUAUGGCCAUAUCAGCAUGGUCCAAGCACUUGCCUUUCUUGGUGAUUUCAAAUUAGGACACUAUAUGAAAAUUGCUCCAAAAUCCAUGUUCGUUGUGCAGCUAGUAGGCACAGUGAUUGCUUCUUCUGUUCACUUUGCCACAGCAUGGUGGCUUCUCACAUCCAUUGAGAACAUUUGUGAUGAAGCAUUGUUGCCAAAGGGUAGUCCUUGGACCUGCCCUGGUGAUGAUGUGUUUUACAAUGCUUCCAUCAUAUGGGGAGUGGUAGGGCCAAAGAGAAUGUUCACCAAGGAUGGUAUCUACCCUGGGAUGAACUGGUUUUUCCUAUUUGGUCUACUUGCACCUGUUCCAGUGUGGCUUCUCUCUAGAAGGUUUCCCAACCAAAAGUGGAUUAAGCUCAUUAACAUUCCUAUUAUCACUGCAGGUGCAUCCAGCAUCCCACCAGCGAGGUCUGUGAAUUACAUCAUGUGGGGCAUUGUUGGAAUCUUCUUCAAUUUCUAUGUUUAUAGAAAGUUCAAGGCAUGGUGGGCUAGGCACACUUACAUACUCUCAGCUGCUUUGGAUGCUGGAGUUGCUUUUAUGGGUUUGAUCCUUUAUUUUGCACUUCAAUCUAAUGGUAUUUUUGGUCCAGAAUGGUGGGGUCUUGAUGCAGAUCACUGCCCUUUAGCUAGAUGCCCCACAGAUUCAGGUGUAUAUGCCCAAGGAUGCCCUGCUCUGGAACUUCCCUCUUAGCAUUCCAUAAACAUAUAUGCCAAGUAAAUAUAUGAUGUUGUAUACUCACUUUCUGUCUCCAAUUACUUUAAACUUUAAUAAUCUGUGCAGGUUGUGAGUAGAGCAAGAAAAAGAAAAAUUGUUUAACAAACUAGGAAACUAUUCUACUUUGAUCUCUUUGUAUUUAAGGUAUCAGGAAAUAUAUACUAUUUCAUUUUUUCUUAUUUUAAUUACUACUGUAUAUUUUAAGAGUACCAAGGAAAAGGAGCAAGCUUAGAGCUGAUUUUUCUUCA